AGUCAACUCUUUGCGCUAUUCAAAGAGCUGAAGAUGUCAUCGCAGUCCACUGUGCCAAGCAACUCUCAAGUGAAUGGUGUGAACAGCGGGCGUGAUGAUUAUCGUGAUAAAGUGGAUGACGAUAGAAAUCAUUCCAGUGAAUCCUCGGAAUUGGAUGAAACCGAAGAUGAAGAAUAUUUCGAUGAAUCUCAUCAACCCAAAACUCUUAUCAUACAUACUGGAACACGAAUGAAGACGACAUCUGCAGCGGCAGUCGCGAAAUCCGUGCCAGCAAGGCGUAAGUCAAGUGUGAAAAGUUAUUCAAUGGAUAACACGGGGCUGCUGAGUAAGGCAUCAGCUGCGUAUGUUGAUCAGGGAUUUGAAUCAAGAGUGUUGGUGCUGUACACCGGAGGAACAAUUGGCAUGAAAUGUGUUGAUGGAGUUUACUGUCCUCAGCCACACUACCUGCCUCGAGCAAUGCGCGAUUAUCCUCCACUGAAUGACAAGGCUUACAUCGACAUGUUUUAUGCCAACGAAACCGUUAAACCCUAUUGUCUGCCAGCGAUACGACAUAUGAAGAAGAGGAUUGUUUACUGGAUAGUGAGUGUUCAUUUGGAGGUUGUUGAAUAUCAGCCGUUGUUGGAUUCAUCAGAUAUGACGUUCGACGAUUGGAUUCGAAUCGGCAAAGAUAUUCGUAAGGCUUAUUACCAAUACGACGGAUUUGUGGUGUUGCAUGGAACAGAUACUCUUGCUUACACAGCAUCCGCCUUAUCAUUCAUGUUCGAAGACCUUGGCAAGCCUGUCAUCGUCACUGGAUCGCAGAUUCCAGUUUGUGAGGUUCGUUCGGAUGGUCGAGAAAAUCUAGUUGGGGCGCUGCUGAUUGCUGGAACGUUUGAUAUCCCAGAAGUGACCGUCUAUUUCAACAAUAAGCUGUUUCGUGGGAAUCGAACGAUCAAGUUCGACAAUUGUAGCAUGGAUGCAUUCGAUAGUCCGAAUAUGCAACCGAUCGCGCAGAUGAAGAUUACAAUCAAAGUCAAUUACGAGUCCAUAUUUCGCUCCUCUACAAUGGCGCCAUUCUCUGUUCACAAUCGCUUGUGUCGGAAUGUUGCCGUUCUUCGAAUAUUCCCGUCAAUUCCAAUUUCCACGAUACGUGCCUUCCUGCAACCACCAGUACAAGGUGUUGUGCUAGAAACGUAUGGUGCAGGUAAUAUGCCGUCACGAAGAACUGAUAUCAUUGAAGAGAUCCGAAAGGCAGUUCAACGAGGUUGCAUUAUCAUUAAUUGUUCGCAGUGUAUUCGUGGACAGGUCGAUGUGCACUACUUUACCGGAAAGGUUCUCAUCUGUUGA